UUGAUCUGCUGUCAAGUUUCCCAUGUUGUUUCCUCAAAACAUGGCUCGUAAGCUGUCUAGUCUAGGCUGUCCAUGCGAAAGUGGUCACGUGUCGGUGGUUUGCCCAUUGGUUUGCCGAAGGCGCCCAAGGUACAGCGUACUCCCAAGGGCUUUGCCGAGCGUCGGCUGCUGCAGCCGCUGCAAGAAAAGCUGUAUUUGUGGCCGCGCUGCUGAGCCAGUUGCGCGCAUCCGUUACCGAAUUACUAGCGUUAUUAAGCAUCGGGAAUUUGACUCUGGUUUAAGGGAUGCAGACUCGUGAUGCAGUCACCGAAGUAUAUUGUGAGCGCUUGCCAACUACAAAGUGUGUUGUGAUGUGAUCCUUGGUGCGCUAGUGCAUUUUUAUUUCUCGUAAGCGACGAUUGGUGCCGUGUGUUCUCAACGCAGGCAGGAAAAUGACACAAGCACAUUUCCAGAGGAUUAUUUCGUCUUCCGUGCCCACUAUAAAUUGCUUCGAUUUGAAGCACGUACACCGUGAGAUGUUUCAAAAGGACCUUUACCCAGAAGUGAAUUUAGUCUAGAAAGUAUCCCGAGUGCUACUACUAUGCAAGAAACGAACCAUGCCUGCGGUCGAAGUUCGAGAAGAAAAAGAAAAAUGCAACAGGCUGUUGGAGGUCUUCGACGAUGUGCACGCUUUCCUAUCCGAUCAAGUCAUUCGCUCAAUCCCGGAGAGCAUCGAGGUGUUUUUUCGGGACAAUGGAGUCCCGGGAAAACUUAGCGAAGACGUUUCGGACGCCUGCUUGCGGUACAUGAUCCACGGUUCGUUCGUCGACAUCCUCGCGGCACGCAAGAUACUUCAGAAACACCUGCUGCAACAAGACGCAGUCGACCUGCCAGUGCAGCAAGUCGCCGAAGCCGAUGAAGUUGUCCUCUCAGAAGCGUUUCAGGACCACUACGUUGAUGUGGCGUCACACGAGGUCAUUGGCGCCAAUGUCAUUGAAGACUGCCCCGAACUGGCCGCAGAGGAAGAUGCCUUCUGUUCACCCAGUGAAACAACACUUCUUGUCAAUGUUGUUGCCGAAAGUGGCACGUGUAGUGAAUUUUGUUCAUCCGACCUUCAGCACACAUUUGACCAAAUCGGGGCCGUUGCGAGUGAGGUUGGACGAUGCCUCCUUGGAAAAGGAGCCGCAGUUAAAAAUGGCAGCAUCUGCACUUCACCAUUCUUUUCACAGUGCAGGCUUCGUGGACGACGAUUUCACACCAUUCCCUGCAGGGCAGAACGUGCCGAAUUCAUUCGGCACGAACAAGAAUCGGCACAGAGCAGUUGUGAACUAGUUCACGAAAUGCUGGGCAAAUCGGAUGGUCGUCAUGCUUUCGAGCUGGAGGCCCCCAGCAGUGCCCGCAAUCAGGCUAGCUGUGACCCAAUUGCAAUGCCGAAUCCAGUUGUCAUUGAGAUCCACUGCUCAAAACUGGAGGACGCCAUGCUGAAUCUGCCUUUGGACCUUCCCUCGUCCCAAGAAAAUGUGGUGGAGCAGUUCAUGGAAAACCCGACAGGUGUGACCGACACUUGUAUGACAGAGCAGACCGUAGAGGAUAAUGAAGACAAUGUGCCCUCUGAGCAAGUGACAGAAGUUCAGAAGCAGAAGCGAAACUAUGAAGAAGUCACACCAUUCAAGUACUUCUGUGAGCUCUGCUCAUUCAAGACAAAGCGCAACAGCCACUACCUGAAACAUAUCAAGAUACAUGAAAAGGUGACCACACUGCACAGCUGCGACAAGUGUUCCUUCACUACAAUGCGUCUAGGCCACUUGAGGAGACAUGCAUCCACGCACAGCAACCACCUUCAUCGCUGCACCCAUUGCAGCUACACAACUGAUGACCAAAAGUUGCUGCUGCGGCAUAACCGCAUGCGCCAUUACCGGACUAAGCGCUCCCGAGGGGCACCAGCCAAGCCCAUGGAAUGCCCCCAUUGCAACUACCGUACCACGCGGCCACUGCUACUUGCCAGGCACCGUCAGCGCCAUGCAGGAGACAGUGGGACACUUCAGAGCAGUGCGCCCUUGCACCAGUGCACCCAGUGUGGCUAUCAGACACAUCGCAAGGAGCACCUGGUGCGACACCGAGCCAAUGUUCAUGGAGGAGCGCGCCCAUUCCUUUGCCACCGCUGUGGCAAAGCCUUCAAGCGGGCUGAUGCCUUGCGCCAGCACCAUCUGACACACGCUGGCCCCAAUGAGGGUGCCCCUCCAGCCUCUUUUCCGUGCCCACAAUGCCACAAGGUGUUCCGGACUCACUCGCACCUCUCUGAGCACCAGGCGAUCCACUCGACGGCACGGCCAUUUUUGUGUGAGAUAUGCGGCUCAGCUUUCAAGACACGAUCAGUGCAACGCAAGCACGUUCAGUCGGUUCACAACAAUCCACGGGCAUUCUGCUGCAGCUGCUGCACCAAGAAGUUCAACACUCAAUAUGCACUAAAACGGCACCAGAAGCUUCACCAGCCAUCUCAGCAGCAACAGCGGCACCAGCAGCCAGCACAGCCACAUCUACUUGCACCCCCACCACUGCCACCAUCGGAAGAACAGAUUCAUGCUCCAACAACACUUCAGGACGUUCUUGGAAGCACGGCUCCUGCCAUGUCUGGACCAGUGGCCGAGGUGCCUGGCCUGGAGCAUGUCAUAACGGCCGUGCCCAUUCAAGACACCUGCGACGUCAUUGGACAGAUCUCAACAGCCAUGCUGCAGCCUGCAGAGACGGCAACCCUGCUGUACCUGACAAACCCUCUGCCACCAUUCUGAGCACAAAGAAGAGAUUCCCAAAUGGAAUGAUCGUUGCAAAAAAAAAUGUGGCGUGCUUCGUGAAUCUCAAAGCAGCUAUGUAUAAUAGACAGUGAACAGUGGCUACACCACAGGCUGCAGUGAUGACAGAUUGGUGAUUGAAAUUGACAUGCAUGUUGUGAUUUAUGCGUGGGCUUGAAGUGACACUGUAUUAGGUGGAUGUCUGUGAAACUUCACUUUACUUUCUGAAAUGAUUUCAAUUAUCAAAAAACUCGGUGCAUAAGGCAAAGAAAUUCUGCCUUGCGGUGUACGUGUGGAUGCGCUCCUCAUUGAAAGGUAGGUCUUCAUUAUCGCCUUCUCAUGUAUAAUUGUUGCUUGUACUCUGACAUGAACCACAAUGAGUGCCCCAUGAGCCAUUGUUGCUUCUAGCACAUUGAUGUUCCCAUGGCCAGUUUUCAUAGGAGUAGUCCUAGGUUCGAUAUCUGUUGCAGUGCCUUCUUUUCUUUGAGCUCUUGUAUUUUACUCUCAUUGCAACAUGAUUAUUUCUUGUUGCAACAAGGACACAGCUGGAUAGCUUUGGCAUGUACUGUGGCAUUAAACAGCUGUCUGUUGUAAAAAAAUAAAUGUAGGUGUCACUUUGUAACUUUCAAGGUUGCUUGAAUUGCUGCUUUUUGUAAAAUUUCAUUUGAUGUGCUUGACAUAUAAAGCAUUGGCCAUUUGUUCUUGCAUAGAAGGAUCGCGAGGGGCAGCGCGAGGGUGACGCAUGGGCGCGAUUCACAAGAGCUGCCGCAGACAGACCUCGGCCAAUGCCUCGGCUCAUGCAGCACUUAAAUUUGUUUGCAUACAGACGACAAGCACUACCCAUCGUCACCGCAAAGACCGUCUUGCGUGGCACUAUGCUUUUCCUCUCAUUGUUUAAAUUUUGCUAUACCCUCCUCCUCCGCUUUCCUCCUCACUAUCGCUGUCUCAUCUCCCGCAGCGCUCCGCAUUCGCUUUAAUCCUUCAUUCGCUCGGUUACGAGGGCCAACGUCGACGCUUGCCGCAGGAGCGGCGGAAGAGCUGCGCUCUAAAAAGGACAAUGUAGAUCAAGUUUUCCAGGUGAAUUUUCGCCGUCAGCGUAGCCGUUACACACGCCAUGAUAUUAGGCAGUUUAAGCAUAGAGAAAGAAAUUGUUUAAUCCCGAUAUGGCUAGGAGAUGCUACAUUGUUCAAAUUCCAAAGUUGCUCUGAUCAGGUUUUAUGGUAUUGAUUGAAUUAUUCCUCAGAAUUUGUGUUUUACAAUUGCAGCGCGCAAUAAACAGUCAUGAAAAUUUCAUUCACAGCGUAUGCCUUUUAUCUUGAAUGUUCUCAUACAUUUUUAUUUUAAAUCUUCUCAUGCAAUAAAAAAUGGCUCACAAUCUGUAAGGCAUCAUGCAGUGCUCUUUAGGCCAGCACUGUGGUUAGGUGGCUACAAUAUAACUGGUAAAUUCACAUGGCACCGGCCCGAUGCUAUUACAGGCCCAACACGUAGUGCUAAAGCUUCCAAGGGUGCCAUAAAUUUUGUCGCUUCGACUAUUUGUGCCGACAAAAAUUGGCACAUUAAAAUUCUCUGAAUACGUCUGAUGAGGUUAGCCGAUUGAAUGCUUUGAAAAAAGAAGAAAAUUGUACCAAAUUUACCGGAACGUUUUUCCGCUGAAUUUGUACAGCUUUUUUUUCUGAAUAAAACGGCACCAUUAUUUCAAUUAAAUGGGGUUCUUGUACUUCACUAAUUGCGUAAAAAAUAUAGCUCGAAGAUGGCUUCACCGCACAGUGUCUUGCAAAAAAGCGUUUGUCAGGGCUUGAUAAACUAUGAAAGAAGAGAUACAAAGAAAAAAUAACCUAAACGGAGCAAAAACACGUACAUGAAUAGUGGUUACUUUUCCACAGCUCCUAAUACAGUUAUUAGGCUUUCCUGGUAUGGUACAUUUCUAAGCAAGGCGCGGCACAGAGGCCAACUCCGCACUCACAGGCAGCCGCUAGGUCCUCCGGUCCAUCCAGAGAAUCGUCGUCGUCAGAAUCCGCAGAAGAGAACACAUCACUUUCUGUAUCCGUACAAAACUCUAGAGAGCUAUCGCCUGACGAGCAGUCGUCGAAGAACUUCCUUUUACACGCGCUUUCAUUGCCUCGUUUCGAGGAGGCAGCCACGUUUCAUGCGGCGGGAUCAGAGGCGGCAAUACUACAGUGCCUAGAAGUAUAUUCUAGGCACUGUAGCAGUACAAUGAAAGCCGAGACACAAAUGGCACAACAUGGACAAGUGUGGCCAUCUAGCGUCAAGAAACACAACUAUGACGAGUAUAUUCGUCAUCGGUCAUUUUGUUACAAAAUCUCAUGACGACUAUAUAUACUCGUCAAUGGGAGGGAAAGGGUGAAUGCAAUAGAUGCUCAAGGUGCAUUCACGUUGCCGCCUUUGUCGUGCUGCCCCUCUGACGGCGCGUGGGUGGAUCUCCAUCACCAUUAGUGGACCCCCAGAUCGGAGUGCAUUUGACUGCAAAAAUGGCGAGGAAAACCAGAUGCAUGCACCGUCCAACACUAUGCUAAAUCGCCUUGGUGGCAAAGUAACGACAUGAGCGUUGUGCUAACUGCUGGUGUGAGCGUUGUGCGAACGCACACCGUAAACACACUAGCAUUCCUGAUGAGCUGCUUUGUGUGUGUGUAUGCCCUGGUCUCGGCAAUAAACAAGCUAGCGUUAUGUGGUAUUUCAAUGGGCGCUAACGCCGACGGUUUCCUCCCAAUCUCAUCUCGUGCACUGUUGAGGUGCAAUGGCCACGGAGUCCUUGGCGGCGCUCAUCACGCCAACGAUAUGAGACGCCAGGGUGCCGUUCGUUCUACAACUUUCUUUUUAGAGCGCAGCUCAGCUCCCGUUCCUGCGGCGAGCGUCGACGGCGGCGUAACUGGCGUAACCGAGCAAACAUGCACAGCGAAAGAUGAAAGCGAAUGCGGAGCGCAGCGGGGGGUGAAAGACACGACAAGGAAAGCGGAGAGGGGGUAUGGCGAAAGGGUGAGGAGAAAAGCGGAGUGCCGGCGGCGAGCAGGUAUGCGGCCAGGGCGGAAACAAAGCGCUGGCGUGAGCUUCGGACCCACUGCGCAUGCGCUGUGCUUCUACCCAGCAGAAGUUACCUUGCAUGCAGCGUUGUGCCAACAUAUCACACCUGCAUAUAGUUGGGACACCGCCCAAGGAGUUCAAGUGCAACGCUAAACCUUGCUAUCGCUGUCAAUGCUUUACCCAAUGGCCAAUUUUUUAUUGUGAUAGCAAUUAUAUAGACACUUAAAGCGGAUGCAACGCUUAUUAAAAAUGGCUCUGUAAUAAUGGAGAGAAAAGAUAGCAAUUAAAUUGACCGUUAGUUGUACACACGGCUAAAAGAAAUACCCUUAGGAAUGCCAGUCUGGAAAUGUGAUGUGGUACCAAAUGGUGUGGAAUGCAGUGCAGUUAUGAACAACAGCCUCAAUGAGCUAGAAAAUCAUUAAAGAGUCAAUGCAAUUACACCUACAUCUCCCUCAGGCAUGCAACAAUGAGCAAUAUCAUGGUGAAAACUCCGGUUUCUGUGUGAAAUAUGGCUUUGACUCCAUGUCUAUAUGUCU